CGUGUUACCAUCCCUAGGAGAACGAUGGAUUAUAUGUUGGUAGACAAAGUCAAAUAGAAAUUAAAAAGUUUUCCCCAACAUUUCGCCCAUCUGAUAAGUAAAAUUAACUAUUCCAUUCAAAGCGUAUCACAAAAAUUUAAUUUCACAAGUUGUACAACAUGUAAUAUUUAUUUAAAUAUAAAAAGGAAUUCGAAAUUUAAGCAAUUAAAAUGAAAAGUGUUGUAGCCUUUGUUUAGUAAGUAGCUCUUCUUUCAAGGGAUUUGGCUCAGAACACAAAAGGCGACUUUUGCCAAAACGAUCUAUCUAUACCAUGUAUUUUGGCAAGGUACGAUUAGACACGCGGCUCUGAGGCUUUCGUCAGUCACAUCACAUCCCAGAUAAGCUGACGGAGAGAAUGGCAAAUUUAGUUUGUGAGGCUUCGCAGGCUUGUGAUUAGCAAACAGUUGGGCUACUCUACUCUACUGUAGAUAGAAUUAGUGAAAGCAAGUGAAAGUGCAAAAACUGCGUUAAAAAAAUGCCUUGUGCACAAGAAAUCAGUGAUUACCGUAAUGAUGAGGUCCUUGCUAUGUGCAGAGCAGGUGAUUGGUGCGGAGUUGUCGAAUAUUUGUGCAAGGGUGAGCACAAACCCCUUCUGCUUUGGCCGCGGCCGACGAUAAAUGCAAUCGAGUUUAUUGAAAAGCACUUAAAAAGAAAUAACAUCAACAGAUUGUUAAGUCUUGGCUGUGGAACUGGAUUGCUUGAAUGGAUUAUCCAGUGCGCCGUCAAAGAGCUAAAUGUAAUAGGGGUUGAAGUUGAUGAAGAAUGGUGGUCAUCAGUCUAUGCUCCUCCUGUAUUUCAUCCCCUAAACUACCCCAACGACAGUGCAGUUACUGAAUCACUGUUGAAUGAGAGCACAGCGCUUUUGUUUUGCUACUUCAAUUGUGAGCCGGCGUGGAUGGAGUACUUGGCAAAAUUUAAAGGGUCCCUUAUUAUUGUUUGUGGCCCUGUUUUGGGCAGCGGCACCCACAGCAACCCUCAACCCUUCCAGUCACUAACCGAAGAGUGGACAGUGGUCGACGGAAUUAAAAUUGGAAACACACACGACUCAAUAGCAAUUUACGCAAGGAUCAAGUAGUGCAUUUUCAAGAAGAAAAAAAUUGGUGAUUAUUUUUGUUUGCAUCCCAUUUUAUUGUAACAAAGAGGAACAGUUUAUGUUCUUAAAUAAAGUUUAACGCGCUUUUCACAAAGCAUUGGAGUACUAAAAGCUUGGGAGGGGGAUAGACAUGAGAAUGAUGAAUUCAAAAUUAUUUAACUUAUCUUGAAGAAAAGCACAAAUUAUUUCACUAAUUGAAAGAGGGCGACGUCAAAUAGUUUCCUUUAAAAUUUAAUUCAUUGUAA